UGGAGAGAGAUAGAGUGGAGUGAGGAAGGAAGACUGUGAUAAGGCACCCUGCCUCCCGCAACCAGACGGACUGUGCCAGUAGAGAGAGAGAGAGAGAGAGAGAGAGAGGAAGAGAAAAAAAAGAAAAGAGAGCGAGUGACUGGAGCUGAGUAUUCCUUGCUGUCGUGCUGUCUUUCUGUCCUGCUGAUAUAUCCUCUGUCAUUUACUGAGUCGUCCUUCCCAGUUUAGAUGAUGUCAUCGAAGCUCCUGUCCUGCGGUUGGCUGCAGCAGCUGGUGGUGGUGCUUCUGAAGCUCACCCUAUCCUUUGCCGGACCGACCAAUGGGACAGAGUGUACGGCCAGAGGUCCUGCCUCCUACAUCCUGGUAUUUACGGGUCACUGGAGCCCCCAGACGUUCCCUAAACAGUACCCACUGUUCCGACCUCCUGCACAGUGGUCCAAACUCAUAGCUAUCACUCACAACGGGCAGCAUCGGCUGUUUCAGGAGGGGGCGCUGGCGAGUAUAGGGGUGCAGAACUUUGCUGAGGUGGGGGUAACUGUGGAGCUGGUGAAGGGGGCGAAGGAUGCCAGGAAGAGACGGGAGGUCGGUGCCAUGUACAGAACAGCGGGCAUCCCCACUGGCAUCGGGCACAGCUCCACAGAACUGCUGCUGCAACCACGGAGCCCACUGCUCUCUCUGAUGGUGAAGGUGAUCCCUAGCCCUGAUUGGUUUGUGGGGGUGGACAGUCUUAACCUCUGUGAGGGCGGCCAGUGGAAACAGGAAAUGACCCUUGACCUCCAACCCUUGGACUCUGGGACGGACAGCGGCUUCACUUUCUCUUCACCCAACUAUCCCACCGUCCCUCAGGAAAACAUCACACGGAUAACUUCCCAGAUGCCCAACCACCCAGCCAACUCCUUCUUCUACCCCCGUCUCACAGAGCUCCCGCCCAUAGCCUCCAUACGGCUGACCAGACAGAGCCGUUCAUCUGCCCGUCAAACUCCCAUGUCCAAUCACAUUCUGCCUCACCCUAUCCACCCUCAACGCUUCUCAGAGACACCAUUAGACUGUGAGGUGUCUAUGUGGUCGUCCUGGGGUCUGUGUUUGGGGCCCUGCUCCAGGGGAGGGGUCCGCCAUCGUACCCGCUACAUCCUCCUGCGGCCGGCUAACGCCGGAACCCCCUGUCCCGAGCUGGAAGAACAGACCGAGUGCACACCACACAACUGUCUGAAGCGCCAGUGACCCCCGACAGAAUAGGGUGAAGUUGCCCCAAGACACUGAUUUAAAGUCAGUUUUAGGUUUAGGCCAGUAAGGUUAGGAUUCGGGACGGUAAGCUGAUCAUAGGUCUGUGCUUAGGGGGAACUUCUAAUUGGAGCCACACCCCUGGCGGUCUCCAUGGUAACACUGGGACUCAAACAUACACAGACCACAAUAAUGUAAGCAAUGGACUCUUUCACUGCAGAACGCACAAUCUCUAGACCCAGUUAAGCCUUAAGUGGCGGUGACUUUUUGGUGUGGUCUUUAUGGAGUACUCUGGCAAUCUAAAGACCAACUAGUCCUGACUUGUAUUGAGAAACACUGUUGUUGACUGAUUGACAAGUACCCACAUGACAAAAGAGCACAAUGACAUUAUCAGUGGACAUGAGAGACAGACAACUAUGUAGAGUAUCUUCACUGGCACACACACACACAUGCCCUUGUACACAAAUAAUACACUCUUACUUUGUGUAAACUGGGGCAUUGAUUUACAUGGGAAUCCUAUACGAUGCUCAGCUCAGUGCACAGCCAUCAUUCAACAUAACCACACAGACAGAUUUAUAAAUACCCCUUUCACAAGACACAACUGAUGAUGGCUCACUAUAGCCCGGUACCCCAUGUCAGAAAAACCUAGCCAAUAUGGAGCGAGGCGGUUUCAUAAACGAAAAAAGGGAUACAGGUUUAAAAAAACAAGAGCAGUUAUAUCUGUUUUCUCUCUUUUAAUAUGUAGGACAUAUUUUGUAUAUACUGUAUGUUCUGUUGUAUCCGUCGUAUCUUGUGUAACUCAUGAAAUAAAUAUGGAGGUGAUUUCUGUAAA